GUGUCCAAGCUUGUUAUCCUCCAUGAAGAAGCAGAAGAUGGCAAUGCUAUGCCAGAUCUCUCCUAUGCGGUCCAUGUUGUCAAGAAUGCUGUUGAUAACCUUGUCAAGGUUGGGUAUGACACUAUCAACAACAGUGAUGACCAACUGCUCAAACAAGACAUGCCACCUGCACUACAGAGAGUGGAAGAGGCCUCCCUUUAUCUUAUACAGGCCUCAGAUAUGCUCAGGGCCGACCCUUUCUCAGCACCUGCCAGGAAGAAACUGAUUGAAGGAUCAAGAGGUAUAUUGGGAGGGACAUCAGCAUUGCUAUUAGCCUUUGAUGAAUCUGAAGUUAGAAAAAUUUUACGUAUUUGUAAAAGUGUCUUAGAAUAUCUCGCAAUUACUGAAGUCGUCGACUCCAUGGAUGAUCUAGUCACAUUUGUAAAGAAUCUUAGUCCAGUGAUUACCAGAAUGACUAAGGAAGUAGAUAGCAGGGAGAAGGAACUAACACAUCAAGUCCAUAGAGAGAUGUUACAAAGGUCACUAGAACAAGUUAAACAGCUCACUCCUAUUCUCAUCAGUGGUAUCAAAAUAUAUGUCAUAUCUAAACAAGCAGGUGGCCCUGCUGUACAGGAUGCUCAGGACAACCGUGAUUACACUGUACAGAAAGUUUCUAAUGAAAUUCACGAGAUUAUCCGAGUGUUACAGCUGACGACAUAUGAUGAAGAUGAAUGGGAUGCUGAUGAUAUUACUGUGAUGAAGAAAGCAGCGCACACAAUUGACAGUUUGAUGAAGCAGGCUGUUGAUUGGUUGUUAGACCCCAACGCACUAGUAGGCGGGGUUGGGGAGAGAUCGCUACGUACAAUACUUGACAAUGCUAUGAAGGUGGCUGAUAGGUGUGUCUACCCAGAAGACAGAGAAGCUAUCUGUAAAGCAGUAGGGGAUAUCAACUCAAUGGUGGAUGCUUUGGCUGAAUUAAGGGCACAGGGCCAGGGUAACAGUCCCCAGGCUUUGUCCCUGGCUAGAGGUAUUCAAGACAAAAUGGGAGAUCUUCAAACCCUUGUUAAUCGUGCUGUGACAAACACAGAGAAGAGUGGUAUACAACGACCUGCACAUACAGUGGCAGGCAAGGUAGAGCAGGCACAGAGGUGGCUAGCUAACCCAGGAGUAGAUGACAAAGGAUUAGGAGAAGCAGCAGCACGACAGGUUGUGGCAGAGGGUAGACGUGUUGCUGAACAAUUGACAGGUAAACAAAGAGAUGAUUUGUUGAGGAACUGUGAUGAAGUGGAACAAUUGACCAAUCAGCUUGCAGAUUUAUGCCGCAGAGGAAUGGGUAACUCCCCUCAGGCACAGGCUGUAGCUAGGGCAUUAUCCGGAAAGCUACGGGAACUACAGGGCAAUAUUCAACAGGCCCUUGUAGACAGAGUAGCAGAAGAUUUCAUAGACAUCAACACACCAUUGAAACAGCUGGCAGAUGCCUCUGUUGUGCCUCUAGGCACACCUAACAGAGAAGCUAACUUCAAUGACAGGGCUGGGAACUUUGAGCAGCAUGCUGGUAGACUUGCCCAGACUGCUCAACUGGUGGCUGCAGCAGGUGGCAGCACCAACAAGAGAACUGUAGAGGCUAUCAAUGCAGCUGCUGCCAUGUCGAAUGAGCUGACCCCACAGGUUGUGAAAGCCGCUAGGAUUCUGCUGUCGAAUCCCCAGAACCAGGCAAGCAUGGAGCACUUUGAGCUACUGAAGAACCAAUGGUUGGAGAACAUGGAGAAACUACGAGGUCUCGUUGAUGAGGCUACAGACACUGCUGCAUUUAUUAAAGCUACUGAGCAGGGUAUUCUACGUGAUACAGAGAGAACUGAAUCUAGCAUCAAGGCUGUCGACCCUAAUGGUGUUGGUAUGAACACAGCCAACAUUGCACGCAGGGCCAAUCGUGUACUCCAAGUAGCUGAACAAGAGAAGUCAAACAGUGAAGACCCUAAAUUUGUUGACCAAGUGAAUGGCGCCACUGAACAACUACGUGCAACUGUAAAGCCAAUGUUGCAGAAUGCUAGAGGAGUAGCAACCAACCCCAGAGAUGGCCCAGCCUCUGGUAGAUGGAGGGGGGCUAAUCAAGCUUUAAUCACUGCAGUGGGUCAAGUCCGUCAUGCUGUCAUGGUGUACCCAGAGCAACCCGAACCAGAAUUUUUCCCACCUCCACCCCCAGACAUGAGUCAACUUAAUUUAUCAGACCAGGUACCUCCAAGGCCACCACUCCCCAGAGACUCUGCCCCACCCCGACCCCCACCCCCAGAUACAGAUGACGAGGAUGCUGAAUGGAGAUUUUCUGCUCCUCAGGCCAACCAACCUAUCAUGAUGGCAGCACACGCUCUGCAUCAAGACGUGCAACAAUGGUCAAGUAAAGACAAUGAAAUCAUUGCAGCUGCAAAGAGAAUGGCUGUCCUCAUGGCCAAGCUCAGUCAGCUAGUUAGAGGUGAAGGUGGUACCAAGAAGGACUUGAUUGAUACAGCCAAGGCUAUUGCGAGAGCAUCAGAGGAGGUAACCAGACUGGCGAAACAGUUAGCAAGGGAGUGCACUGAUAAGCGAAUGAGAACUAAUCUGCUGCAAGUAUGUGAGAGAAUCCCAACAAUUGGCACCCAGCUGAAGAUUCUUGCAACUGUCAAAGCCACCAUGUUGGGAGCACAAGAACCAAUUCCGGCACCAGAUGGCAGUGAAAUAGCUUGUGGUUCUGAAGAAGACCAGGAAGCUACAGAGAUGUUGGUCGGGAAUGCCCAGAACUUGAUGCAGUCAGUUCGUGAAACUGUGCGUGCUGCAGAGGCGGCAUCUAUAAAGAUGCGAGUAGAUUCAGGAUUCGCCAUGCGCUGGUUGAGAAAGAGACCAUGGUAUACAUAGAUAGUGACAUCAUGAAUAAGACUUCGAGAUCUUAACUGAAUAUUGCAGAAUAAGUCAAAUUUCUAAGAAAACAAAAGCCAGGUAAAUUGAUCAAACGAUUUCCAUUUGAAAAAUGAUGCUUUUUUGGCAAAAUUAAUGAGUAGGAGGGAAAAAUAAAAUGAGAGAUCUGGAUUAUUCUGGCAGGAUUUAGUUGGACUUGAGUCUGAUUGCAAUAUGUAAUAAUGAAUAUAGUGCCUAUAAUGUAACAUAAAACAGACAAUGUUGAAAUGUACAUAUUUAAUAUUAACCAUUUAACCCCAAGUGCUUCCAAUAUCUAGAGCUGAUCAGAGCCCCGGGAUGCCAAGUGUUAACCCUCUGAUAUAUACUACCUAGGACAUAUUUAGUCACCAAAUUCAGGGGAGAGUGCCGGGGUAAAACAGAAAUCCAAUGGAUUCUGUUCUAUCAUAACCACUUAACGUGAUAUAUGUUAGUAAAAGAAGGUAUAGUGACCACAUAUCCCUGAUUUUGGAACUACGUUUUCUCCUAUUUGUAAGUAAUAAACACACAUAAAUAAUAUGAUAUUUGGAAAUGAGAGGCCAACUUCAAUUUACAUAACUAUUUAUUUCACUGUAGUUAAGUGCACCAAUAGGAUUGCUUGAUUAUUAUAUAAUUGUCAUGACAACAUCACUUGUAUUAUAUUAUAUAUAUAUUGUAUAAGAUAUCUUAAUUUACUAGAAUGUUAACUAGUAAAGACUUGGCUGUAAUUACUAGGUGCAUAGAUCUCAGUACACAAUCUGGUGCUUUAGACACACUUUCCCCUAGACUACCAAUGCAAUGAAAAUCUGUACAUUUGAAAUAAAGAUAAAUAGGUAUGAUGAUAAUAUUAGAAUAAAUCUGACUGACUGUUUUCUGCUGUUUUGAGUGUGGGUCAAGAAAAUAGAUUAUUUUGUGUAAAACAUGUACAUGUACUUAGAAAUGUUGCAUGUGAAAUUUAUGAGGCCUUAUAUUGUAUAAUACCAGUUAUUGACUGAAUCUAGCUAAUUUGAUGUCAUUGAAAACAUCAAAAUUGUUUGAAAAUGUAUUAAAAAAUGCCAGACUUAAAUGUUUAUGUUUUUAAUAUUAGCCAAAUGUGCACUAAAUCUUUUGCAAUAUUUGUUAUUAAUUAUUAAAUAUUUUGUUAUGUUAUUAAGUAACACUUUAUAGAAGUUGAUUUAUACAUGUGUAUCAUGUGAUAGUCUUAAGUAAAAAAGAUUAUAGUAAUAUUAUUUAAUAUUAUAGUAAACAUAUUUAGUUAAUGAAGAAUACACACAGAAAGAAAGAGGCGCCAACCAAAUAAAAUACAUCUUUUGAGGGCACAUUUUUAUCUGAACUUAACAAGAAAUCAUUGGGUAUGGACUAUGCAUGUCACAUUGGCCCAUCAGGUUGGUCUUUAGAGUUCUGGACAUUUGACCAUGUUUGAUUAAAUGGUACUCUUGAACAACAUGUUCAAUAUUGUUCAAAAUGACAGUGACCCUCUGAUUUUAACUAAAAGAAAUUAUGAUAUUUUGAUUUCAUGAUAAAUGCAAUUUAGAAUAAUUGUGACAAUAAAUUGGAAAUUCAUAAUUGUUUUGUGAAAAGCUAAAUAACAUUGUACCUGUAUGUAGUCCUGUAGUCCGCUUAUUGUAGAUUUUGACAACAGGGAAAUAAACCAGAUCAGUUUAUUUGGGAAAGGGUAUUAUACUGUAUCAAGUGAUAUAGGUUUUAUACUGGGGCUAUUUUAUACAAUAUUUUAUCACUUGUAUAUUAGUCUACAUUUAGAAAGUUUAUGAAGUUUUUCUACUACUUAGAAUAUACUAUAUAGAUGUAGGAAUGUUGUUUCACGCUGAAUAAACACUGCCCUACUAUAUGAAACAGAAAA